GACCACUUAUCUGCCAAACGAGAGAUCGAACGCACAAAGGGUUUCCCUGGGCCGGCCGCGUGAGGAUGUGACUGACAGUGUUGCGGUGAACUGGAUACACAGUGCAAUGGUUGCUUACAAGAUAUUACUCUUCGCGCUACUGUCAGCGGCAGCAGCUGAGAAGAAGAUCGAACUACAAGACAUAGAAGAUGACAAUUUGAAAAGCGAGAAAGAGAAAGAUGAGGAGAAGGCAGAAGGUCGAGCGCAAGUGAGCGCCAUAACCGGGCCAGGGCUGCUACCAAUCGAAGUCCUGAAAAGUGAUUUCCUGCGAUAUUUCAACGGCGAAAACCAAAUUCACCAGCCCCGAUACGUUCAGCAAUACGCGGUGUCGGAGCAACCGGAGAAGCCAACACCGAAGCCGCAGUAUGGGCCUCCAACGGUUCAACAGGCUUACGGAUACCUCUCCAACAUUCCCAUGCAAAUUUACCUAGUGCCUCAAUACUACAAUGACGUGGACCAAGCGCAAUCAGGGGUCCAAUUCGCACAGCCCGUGAAUAGGGUUGCCGCAUACCAAACCCAGGAACCGGUGCAGCCUCAGUCGAACUACAUCGAAGUCCCAACUUACGUUACCCCCGGCAAGGGCUAUGUACAACCCUACUCCUCACCUGUGACUUACGUCAGCUUCGUUCAGCCCACUGUUUCUCCACAAGCUACAGUCACUCCUGUCCUCACCUACCAGAUGCCUGUCGUCCAGUACCCAACGGCAAUAGCCGCUCCGCCUUUGAAAAAUUACUACCAAAAUCAGAACUACGAAAGCAAUUCUGUAGACGACGGGGAAGAAGGGAAACAUUACCCUGCCCAAACAGAAGUGUCGUAUCCCAAGGAGUAUCCGCGAUAUUACAACUCUAGAGCUCCCGUGAACGAGGAAUACAGGUCUCCGGCAAGCGAGCUGCCUCCACCCAAUCCUCUGCUGUUGAAGGCUCCUCCCGCGCAUCUGGCACAUUUACCGAAGGCUUUACCCAUGUACCGUCCCCUCACCAAGUCGGUAUAUGCAUCAGGAGGUGGCUUCGUCCCUAACACUUUUACGCCGAGACCGAGCGACUUUAGCGGGUACAAGAGACGUCCAAACUCCUUGCUGGAUUCGUACAUUCCUUCGAGCUUGCAGCUGGAGUACCUAAAGAGGGGCAUCAUCAAGGAUCCUUUUAAUGCGUACGAGGCGUUGUCCAGUGCAAGGCAGCUGCAGUCGCAUUCGCACAUCUACCCUCGGCAUUACGAAAGAGGUUUUUUGCCAAACCAGAUGUACCAUACUGCUGCCGGUGGGGUGACCUUCGGCCAUCAUAAGAGAACUGCCAAGCCCGACAAAGCCUGA